UGACAUAUUUGGGCCUUCUGCGGCUGCCGUAGCCCCAGACGGUAAACAGGAAAUGGGACUCUAUCUGGGACUCAAUAUUCGGGUGAAAAAGACCCGGGAUUCAGUUGAGACGUCUACUGCUGCUUUUGCGUACACUUUCAGGGUGUACCGUCCUCCAUCUCCACUGUUUGCCUCUCUCUCCUGUUCCUGUUCCAAUCAAGGUAUUUUGUCUUGAGCCACCUCCCACCUCUUUAUCGAGAAGUGUCACCAGAACCAUGGCUGAAUACUCCUAUGUGAAGUCCACCAAACUCGUGCUCAAAGGAACCAAAGCUAAGAGUAAGAAGAAAAAGAGCAAAGAGAAGAAGAGAAAAAGAGAAGAUGAUGAAGAAACCCAACUUGAUAUUGUUGGAAUUUGGUGGACAGUAACAAACUUCGGUGAAAUUUCAGGAACCAUAGCAAUUGAAAUGGAUAAAGGAACCUACAUACAUGCCCUUGACAAUGGACUUUUUACACUGGGAGCUCCACAUAAAGAAGUUGAUGAAGGCCCUAGUCCUCCAGAGCAGUUUACAGCUGUCAAAUUGUCUGAUUCUAGAAUUGCCCUGAAAUCUGGCUAUGGAAAAUACCUUGGUAUAAAUUCAGAUGGACUUGUUGUUGGGCGUUCAGAUGCAAUUGGACCAAGAGAACAAUGGGAACCGGUCUUUCAAGAUGGGAAAAUGGCUUUAUUGGCCUCAAAUAGUUGCUUUAUUAGAUGCAAUGAAGCAGGUGAUAUAGAAGCAAAAAGUAAAACAGCAGGAGAAGAAGAAAUGAUAAAGAUUAGAUCCUGUGCUGAAAGAGAAACUAAGAAAAAAGAUGAUAUUCCUGAAGAAGACAAAGGAAAUGUUAAACAGUGUGAAAUCAAUUAUGUGAAGAAAUUUCAAAGCUUCCAAGACCACAAACUUAAAAUAAGUAAAGAAGACAGUAAAAUUCUUAAAAAGGCCCGGAAAGAUGGAUUUUUGCAUGAAACACUUCUGGAUAGGAGAGCCAAAUUGAAAGCUGAUAGAUACUGCAAAUGACCAGGAUUUUUAUGGGUUUUUUUCUUUCUUUCUUUCUUUUCUGAAUAAAAUAAUCAUUAGAAAUGUUUUU